AUGCCCCACGCGGUGCCAAAGGGCAUGGGGCUGCAGGCCCUGAUUCUGUGUGGUCCUGGAUCCUCGUUCCCAACAUUCACAGCCAGUCCGGAUGAGAACCCAAAAGCGCUGCUGCCCAUUGCCAACCGGCCGAUGGUGUGGUACCCGCUUGACUUCUGCUACCGGGCCGGCAUCACAGACGUGACGCUCAUCUGCCCGCCCUCGGCGGCCGAGGCGAUCAAGACGGCCCUGAAGACGAACCCGUUUCUGACCAGUCUGUCUGCGCCGACGGUGGUGGCGCCGACGGAGCUGUACCACACUACGGGCACGGCUGCCAUCCUGCGGCUGCCCGAGGUGCGCGCCGUCGUGACGGCCGACUUUGUGGUGCUGCCGUGCGACCUGGUCUGCGAGCUGGGCGGCGAGAAGCUGCUGCAGGCAUGGAUGGUGCGGGCAGCCUCGCUGGUCGACAUCCUAGGGUCGGACGAGCCGGAGAGCAGCUUCCUGUCGGUGGCCUCGGCCGCUGCAGCCUCGUCGACAGCCGCUGCAGCCGGCAGUGGCAGCGCUCUCCACAGCGGCGGCCUGGGCGUGUGGUACGACACCCGGACGGGCAUCCCCAACGUCAAGAGCGAGGAGAAGGACUUUGUGGCCACGGUGCCGCUUGCCGGCUCGACCACGGCGGCGCCGGUGCCGGCGAAGAGCACGGCGUCGCUGCUGCCACGCCUCGAGCGCGUGGUCACGGCCAUGCCCACAGACUCGCUCAACGACCUGAUGGAGGAAAAGGGCGACUACCCGGUGCGUCACGGCCUGCUGCGGCGACACCGGCGCGUGCGCAUGCGCACAACCCAUCGCGACGCCCACAUCUACGUCUUCCCGCAGUGGGUCAUGGACUUUGUGCAGGCCAACGAGCACAUGGACAGCAUCGGCGAGGAUGUGCUCGGCUGGUGGGCCCGGGCCCAGUGGCAGCCGACACUGCCCAAGAAGCUGCGCCUGCACAAGGUGCUGCAGACCUACGGCGACCAGCUACACGACGCAGGCGGCUCCUCGCCACCGGCCACAGACUCGGGCGAUGUGCCGCCGUCGGUGGACGGAACAGCCGCGGCAGACCUGUCGGCAGCGGCAGACGCGGUGGCAGCUGCAGAAGACAUCACGUUGGCAGCAGCAGCCGCAGCCACAGCGGCCGCGGCUGCAGGCGCUGCUGCAGAAACAACUGCAGCUGAACAGCAGGUGCCGCCAUUCCUGGCCUACGUGCACCCGUCGGCGGCCACGGCACCGCUGAUCCGGCGCGUGGACACCUCGCAGCUCUUGCUGACGGUGUCUCUGCAGCUGGCUAAGCUGCCGUCGGUCGAGGAGGUGGCUGCCGGCACGGUCGACAGCAGCACGGCGUCGCCCUUUGCACACACGAAGAAGGUGGCCUACCCAGAGGGCGUCAAGUCGCGGACGACCAUCACACGGCAGGACAGCCUGGUGGCCGAUAACGUCACGGUGGAGGAGAAGGUCUCGAUCAAGGAGUGCGUCGUUGGGGCCAACUGUCAGAUCCAUGAGGGCGCUAAGCUGCACCAGUGUCUGCUUAUGGAGGGCGUCGUCGUCGGCAAGGGCUGCCGGCUCACACGCUGCAUUCUCGGCAAGCGAAGUGACAUCGGGGCCGGCUCGGUGCUGACAGACUGCGAGGUGCAGGAGAAUCUGCUGGUCGAGCCAAAGACCGAGGAGAAGGAGAACAACUUUAUGAGCUCCAAGGGCCUGGAAGCGACGGCCGAGGAGAUGGACGAGGCGCUGGAAGAUGACGAAAACGCGAUUGCUGAAUAG